AUGAUGUCUGAUAUUGGUAAUAAUAAUAAUAAUAAUUCAGAUAUUUCACCAUCCUCAUCUUCUUCACCAAUAUCAACACCACAACUAAGUCAAAGCGAAAAAUUAAAAUUAAAUCAUGUAUUUCAUAAUUAUAAACCAAUAUGCGAUCAACUAAUAACAAUAUUAUCAAAUACUGAUGAAAAUAAAUUCGAAAAAAAAGAUAAUAAACAAAUUAUCGAGCAGAUAAAAUCACUUAUUCAACAACUUAUUGAUAUUACCACUGAAAAGUAUGCCAAUGAUAAUUGGUCAUUAAAUUAUAUUUUCGAUUACUUGAUGAUACCUUUGUCAUUGUUAAUAAACCCAACAAACCUCUCAAAGCAGAACCAGAAAGUACUUUUUUGCAUCAAAAAACAAUCAGUUCAACUACAGUCUUUCAAUCUAUUGUUACAAUUAUUAAAAAGAGUUAAAAUUAAUCAAUUUAAUAAGUUUAUAAAUAUUUUAACAGUUUUAUUAAAUUUUUUAAAUAAUAAUAAUAAUAAUAAUAAUAUUAAUAAUAAUAAUAAUAGUAAUAAUAAUAAUAAUAACGAUAGUAAUAAUGGCAAUUUGGAAGAGUUUUAUUUAGUUAUUUUGGAAAAUAUAAAAGAGUUAUAUAAUAGUGCAGAAGAAUCUUUCUUUAAUAAAGAGUUAUAUAAAAAGCAUCCAUUUACAGUCGGAGACCAAUUUGUUCCAUAUGGAUACACCAUCUCAACACUGCUAGGAUUGCUUCAAAAUGAAAAGAAUCAAGAAUCGCUAAAUAGUAAUAAAAAUAAUUUAUCAAGAGAUAUUAAAAAAUUAAUAGUUUUGACAUUAAAUAAUAUAAUAAAACCAUUUUUAUCAAGAAAUCUAGAAUAUUAUAAUAUUUUAUUUCAAAUUUUUCCAGCUACAAUCUCCUCUUUAUUCAAAGUUAUUUCUGGUGAUUUUAAAUUAGGAUCAACAUUAAAAGUACAAUGUCUAGAUUUAUUCAGCGACUUGAUAUCAAAUACAAUGUCAGAUAAGGUUAGGGAGUCUUUAAAGAAUGAUAGUGAAAGAGAUACUUUUAAAUUAUCAGAGUCCAAUUUAUUCAAUUUAUUCUGCUUACUUUACCCAACAUCAAACUCUUAUUCAAAACUACGACCACAACAUUCACUUUUUUCAAAAUCUUCCCAAUCAAUCCUCACCUCCAAAAUAUCAUUAGAUAAAUAUAAAAACAAAGAAGCACUAAUUAAAUCAGCCUAUCAAAUAUUAUCGAAUUGCAAAUGUUUAGUUAGUUUAGCGCCAAUAUUGCUAGAGGUAUUAGUAUUACAUUACAAUGAUGACUAUCCACAAAUUGUGGACCAAACUAAAAAGUAUUUAUAUUCAUUACUGGAUAACAAUAGCACAACUAGUAAUCAAAAUCCAGAUAUUAGUAUUUUGUUAAAAUAUCAGAAGAAUAAACAACAUCAAAAAGAAUCAAUUGAAUAUGCAGAUAUUAAAUUUAUAUUACAAGAUAAUUUCAAUCAUUUGUUCAAGUCUUUGGGAAUGUUAAUUUGUAGUCAUUCAAUGACCAAUGACUCAAUACCAACAAGAGAUGAUAUUACAUCAUUAUUAUUCUCAAGCAGAAUGGAAAUUACAGCUACCACUCUUUUAUCAUUAGUAGAAAUGAAAUCACCUCCACCAAAGCAACCAUCAUUUGAAACUAACAAGAAUUUAUCACAAUCAUUAGAAGAUUCUUUAAGGAUUGUUUCAGAGAACCCAUUUGAAAAUAAGAAAAAAUCAUUAUUGAUUUCAUUUUCAAAUCUAUCAAAGCCAUUUUUACAUUUUUAUAGUGAGAAUAUCGAAAGGGAUGUCAUUAGGUUGAUUCAAUUAAUUGGUAAAUAUAGUGAUAUCAAAGAAUGGAUAGAUAUAUUUUUAUCAAAUAGUUUACUAUCUACAUCACCAAAAAGAAAAGAGAUUUUAUUUUGCCUGAAUCAUCUUUUAAUUGGUAAUUCAAAUCCAAAAGAGGUUCAAAGUGAUACCGAUGGUGCGAAAGCAAAUAAAAUUUAUUCAUCACUAGAUUUUUCAACCACUCAAUAUAUUUUAGAUGAAAUUUUAUCACCCAGUUUAAUAAAUUUAACAAUUUCAAGAGAACAGGACCAAUUAAUGAAUAGGCAAAUUAAAAGUCAACAGCAACCAACACAACAGUCAGAAUCUUUAAUUUCAAUAUCAAGUAAAGAUACAUUAUUGGAAGAAUAUUAUGAUAACACAAUAACAAUAUCAUUAGUUAUAGAUAAUAUUGGUACACUUACAACUUUAUUACCAAAAUCACCAACUAAAUAUCGUCAAAUAUUCCUAAGUAAAGUAAUCUAUCAACUUUUAGAGAAAUAUGGUUUGUCCUCAGUAGAUAGCACUAAAAUGAUAUUGAAAUCAUCAAGGAUUGCAUUGGAGAAUAUUAUGAACUGCUUUGAAUAUUACUCUAUAGAAGAUAUCAUCUACCGAAACUCAGACUACCUUUUAGAUACUAUAGAAAGCCAUAUGAAGUAUUUAGAUUCAUUCCCAAACACACCAAAUAUAUUCGAAGGUAUUUUAAAUAUAACUGGUCUAGGUUUUCUUCCAUUUCUUUCAGAUACAGUAAGAAUGAUUUUGGGUGCUUUGGACUUGGCCAUAGAAAACUCCAAAAACAUACAAAUAUUCAUUUCCAUCCUCUACAGUAUAGUUAAAGUUUUAUACAAUAAUUCAAAGCAUGAGCUUUUAUAUCAACAAGUUUUAAAGAAAAUAAAACAAGAUAAAAAAUCAAAACAAGAAAUAGAAAAGGAUCAACAGGUUUUGGAUCAAGUCAAAGAAAAUAGAUCAAUUGAUGAAAUUAAACAGUUCUUUAUAAAUCACCAUUCUUUAAGAGAUGAAGAAAAAACUGAAGAGCUUUAUAAAGAUAUCGAUACAAAGAAUAAUAGUAAAAGUAAAGAAGAUAUUAAAAUAACAAAUAUAACACCAGAAUCUUUAAAUAUACCAAAGUAUAAAGAAACCACCGAGGUACAAAGAUUGCUCGUUCAAGAUAUUGUGCAAAAGUGUAUUCAUUUCAUGGGUUCAAAGAAUAAGGCUAUUAAAAUGACAACUAUCGAUAUAGUAGAGAUGGGUUUGGUUAUUGUUGCAACUGGAUCAAAAAAUUAUGGUGGUAAUGAUGACGAACAAGAGGAAAUUGUAAAUACAGAUGGAUCAGAGCCAAUAUUUGAUUCCAAUAUUAAUCCAAUCAAAACAAAUAAUGAUAAGCAUGUAGAAAAAGUUGCAUUGUUCCCACUCAUCCACAAAGUUUGGGGAUCAUUGGUCAGAAGAGUAGAAGAAGGCGAUAGAGUUGUAUGUAAGAAAUCUUUGAAGGUAAUUCAAACCAUUUCAAAUUUAGCAGAGGAGUUUAUUUCACAGAGAUUUUGGGAUCAUUUAUGGCCAAUUAUACGUCGUAUAUUGGUCGAAGAGCAAACUAUUCAUUAUCAAGAAAAUAAUCAUUUUAAAUCAUAUAAAGCAUCGACAUCAUCAUCAUCAUCAUCAUCAUCAUCAGUUAUUCAAUCCAAAAUAAAUGAAUACUCGACAACCAGUAAGAAACCAUUAAUUCAAGAUAUUACAAAUGAAAAGUCACCACUAGAGCAAAAACAAGAUAAGGCCAAAAAAGAUAAAUUAAAAUAUACACCAUCAUUCAAAUUACAAUAUGUAUGUUUGGAAACUUUAAAAACAAUUCUUUCUACAAUUGGCAGGAUGUAUCAAAGCCAGGUUUUUGAAAUCGCUAGAAAUACACUAUAUUAUCUAAAUAGGAACCAACCAGAUUUAUUCCAACAAUUUACAAUCGAAAUUUGGAGUGAUAUUCUAUUAAAACAAGAUCCUGAUUCUCUAUGGUUGUUGUUAUUUAAUCUUUCAAAUCAAUUUAAUAAUCCAGACUUUUUCAAAAAUCCAAACCACGACGAUUGUUUAGUUCCAAUACCAUCAUUUAAAUACACAUCAAAAGAUUUAAUAGAUUUUAAAGCAAAUGCAUUAUUAUUAUUUAAUUUAUUAAAUUAA